AUGGAGAUCGAGGAGGUCGAUGCCGAGGUUCUCAAGAAGUACAUCUUCGGUGGCCACGUCGCCGAGUACAUGGAGACGCUCGCCGACGAUGAUGAGGAGCGCUACCGGAGCCAGUUCGUCAAGUACAUUGAGGACGAUAUCGAGACGGAUGCUCUCCAUGUCCCAGGUAUGGCCGUCAUUCUGGGCGUUGACGGAGAUCGAAGAGCGCUCGCCUCGGCAGCCGACAUCCCCUCGCUCUCGCCGCUGACCCUCCUCUUCCUCACGACGGGCACCACGCUGUGCUCGCCCUCGGCCAACGCGCUCAACAUGCUGUACGAGCCCGACACGGACGCCAAGAUGAGCCGCACCAGGGCGCGCCCGCUGGUGCGGAAGCUGCUGAGCACCCGCGCGGCGGUGCUGUUUGCGAUCGGGUGCGGCGUUGCGGGGACUGCCGCGCCGUACUUGGGCGUCAACCCCACCGCCUCGUUCCUCGGAUUAAGAAUGCUCGAUGUCAGCGAGUAUUUCAUGUUAAGCAGGACCUGCCAGAUGUCAUCGGGCCCCCUGUUGGAUUUCCCGUACGGGAAGUACGGCAUCGUCCUUCCCCCUGUCGAGGUGGAGAACGACGAGCGCAUGGUGGAGGGCGGCAAAGUCGCCGAUGGGGAGGUGGUGCAGGUUGUGGGCACCAUUUUGGGAAUUGCUUGGAGAGACAUCGGGUAUUCUGUACACUAUGGAAUCUUCUGUAUGGGACUUUCCGUAUGGGAUUUUCUGUAAUCCUUGACGAUGAUACACUUUCGAACAUGGACCAGCAGUUUAGAGGUCUUCAGUGUUCGCAUUCAAGAUGAAACCGUGUGUAAGCUUACUUGGGGUGGACCAGUGGGUGUUCUGUAUCACAUAAGUCAUGAGUUUAGUUCUCUCCCUCAGGCAGUUACGCAAGAUACUCCCGCCACCGAGUUCGCGAUGCCACCACUUCGAGCCUGCAACUAUGACGUGAGAGUUGUGUGCAUAAAGCAAAGUUAGUGGAAAUCAGGGGUGUAGCUGG